UUGUUUAAAAGUUUUAAAAUGACGAAACGCGGAGAUUUAUGGUGGCACGAAUACAGACGAAGACGAUUCCGUCCACGUAGAAAGAUUAGUGUAGAAUUACUUUUACGAGAUGUUAUCAAGAAAUGUUUUACAGAAUUCAUAAAUAACUGCUCCAUUGCCGGUGUGAAACAGAUGAUAGACCCUACUAUUGCGCUCAAACAAAGAAUUAUCUGGAUGUUAGUUUUUGCUGGCAUGUGCGGAAUGGUGUUUUACUUUUUCUGGUACAUGUGGUUGAAGGGCCUGUCCACACCACUAAUUGUGUCAAAGGAGUCAUCAAAGUAUCCUAUAUCGGAAAUAGACUUCCCGGCUAUAGCUAUCUGUAAUAUAAACAGAAUAAGCAAGAAAGCUAUGUUUGAAUUUGAGACGAAGACAUUAAAUAGAACAGUUAAGGGGAAUAUAAGAGAAAUGAUGACGUGGCAAUUCGGCGGACUAAUAGAUUACACUUACAACGUAACUCUCAGAAGCCGUCUCCACUUAAACUCAGAGUACGCACCAACAUUAAGGCAUGCUCCAAACGUAAUUGACACCAUGAAAAAACUAGCGCCUAGCUGCGAGGAAAUGUUAAUUAAAUGUACGUGGGCAAGUAAGGUAAUAGACUGCAAAAGCAUUUUUAAAGUCCGUCGAACUAUAAAGGGACACUGCUGCGCAUUUAACUAUAUCCUGGAUUACGAUGCGGAUGGGAUACCCAGUCAAAAGAUUAAACGUGUUAUGAGACAAUCCCAACCAGGGUCCUUACACGGUUUAAAUCUAGUAAUGGACCCCCUAAUAGAAGACUACGCGUAUACAACACGCCAUGUUUACGGAUUAGAUAUUUUAAUUUUCGAUCCGAUACACUUUGCUGAUACGAAUGGCGGCCGAGUAGUGCAGCGCGUUGCCGAGCCCAACAUGGCGUUGUACGUGGAGUUGCACUCCGUCAAACAGAUUGCAACAAACGAAGUACGCAAAUACUCCCUCAAAACGAGGAAAUGUCUCUUCCAUGAUGAACGAAAAAAGAAAUUCAACAACAUGUACUCCUACAGCGCCUGCAUCGUCAAUUGCCGCAUAAAAGCCGUGCAGACACUAUGCAAAUGCACUCCGUAUUUCAUGCCGACUUCUUCUGACAUACCCACUUGCACGUUGAAUGAGAUACCUUGCCUUAACAAACAUAAAGACAAACUACCUCUUGUAUAUCCAAUGAGUGCAGAUGCAGACGGACUAGACAUAGAAUUCCAAGAUUCGUUGUACUGCCCCGACUGUUUACUGGACUGCGAAUUCACUAAGCACAACACUAAAGCUUACAAAAUACCUAUAGUGCAACUAGAAAUCGAUAAAGGGCAUAAAGAGUUUCGGAAGCCUUUCACUAAUGGAACAAAUAUGACAAAUAAGUGCACGGUGUCCAUUUACCAGCCCACGUUUCAUGGCACCUUAGAUCGCUUAGACGUUGUCGCCUACUGGUUUGAACUGCUCAGUAACGGCGGCGGUGUUGCCGGAAUUUUAAUGGGAUUGUCCAUUAUCACUGGAAUUGAAUUCUUUUAUUUUUUCAUUGUGACAUUCUUUAUUCAAAUGUAUAAUUUUUUCUCAAAUAAAAACAGAUACUAUUAG